GAUUGCACGAAUGGACCACACGAAAUUUCACUGCGGACGGGACGGGUUUCGGGAAAAUUCGGCGCCCAUUUUCAUCAGUUAGUCGACAGUUGGCCACGAUCGAGAUACACUCUCGUGUAUAUAUAUAUAUAUAUCUCGCGUCUCGACUUUCCGUUUCGUUCGAGAGAGAAGAUAAGUCAUGAAGAUAUUGGCGAUCGCAUCGAUUCUGACCGUCGUCGUGGCCGCUGGCCAGAGUCUGGACGAUUGUCUGCAGAGCGACAGCAUCUCCUGCGUGCAAAAAAGCCUGUACAGAAAGGCGAAGGAGUUUUUCGACAAGGACAGCUUGGAGCUGUUCACCGGUGUUAGCUUGGUGAGGAACGAGCGCAGUCAGGGGAGGAGCUCGAGGAGUGGGAAGGAGUUGAUGUACGAGCAGGAAAUCGACUCGGCUAACAGUGUCACGGACAGGCAGGCAGCUCUCGAGAACUUCGUGAGCGAGGAGGCUGGGGAAUUGCUGACCGGUCGCAGCCUCAGGAUCAACUUUGCCCCCGCUUUCGAGAAGAUCGGAGAGUCGGCGCGCGCCAUUUCGGACUCGGCGCCGGAAGAGGUCCGCCAGGCGGUCGACGAAAUCGUCGAAGGUCGGGGGAAGAAGAAGAUACUCAAGUCGAUCCUGCCCCUCCUGAUCGCAGCGAAAGUGAAGAUCGGCGCGUUGGCCACCCUCGCUUACUUCGCCAUCGGCCUAAUAGCGAAGAAGGCCAUCUUCGCGUCACUCAUCUCGCUCGCCAUUUCCGCUUUCUUCGGUCUGAGGGCGCUCUGGUCCAAGAAUUCCCACGACAUCACCCCGUACAACGGUUGGGCAAGUGGCAACAACGGUUGGGCCACCCCUGUAGCGAGCGGAUGGUCCUCGGCCAACUCGUGGGACGAUUCUCACGGCUACGCGCAGAGCCAAGCGUACUCCGGAUACCAUCAUUAAUCUUUCUCCAAGUUUUAGCUCCAUUCGCGUAAACCUCUCUCUCCUUCCUCUCCCCCUGCAUCCCCUUCCCUCUUUUCCCCCUUCGUUCUCUUCUCUAUCCCCUCCCCUUCCAAGAAUUACGAAAGCAAAAUCAUUUCUGUUCUUUUCUUCCCCUUCUUGUUUUUCCUUCUAUAGUUCCUGAAGAAUCGAUCUAAAAAAAUUUAUAUUUAUUUCGCUCUAUUUAUCCGAUUUUACGUCUCUAAUAGUUAGACGCGGCCAUCCCUAUCGGGGGGUCGAAGUGUAAAUAAUGUUAAUAUAUUAUAUUAUAUAAAUAUAUAUAUAAAGAAAUUGACAGGAUUUCGGAAUCAAACAGAUAGAGGCUAGUCGUAAUAAAAGAGAUAUAAAAUAAAAGAGCUCUCUCCCUAGGCACACGGGAGGAGGUCACGAGUGACCGAUUCCUCUUCGAUUCCACCAGCAUAUUCCUCCCCGCAAUAAUUUAAUUUAAUAUCGAUCGCAGUUGAAACGCCAUCUAGUCCACGUACGAUUUAGAUGAACUCUGUCAACUCCCUACCUGAUUAUCUAUGUAACUAUAUGUAUACGUGAACCGUCGGUCAGAAUACACGGUUUAACAGAGGAAAAAAACAAAAAAAUAGAGAACAACUCGACAAAA